AAAUCCGAGAGGACAACUCCUCCCACCCGGGAAGGCUUCCCAGCCAGGCUGAAAGAUGGCGGCGCCCAGCGGCCAGGUGGCGGCUGUGGAUUUCGGGUCAUGGCUGGAGAGCAGGUUAGAGCAGCUGGGCAUGGAUCCGGACGUGUACCCGGCCUACAUCCAGGGAGUCCUGCGAGAGGAGGAAGACAGCGAGGAGAGGGACGAGGCAUUGCGGGGAAUCCUGGCUGCAUUUCUGGAAGAAGACUCCUUGGAAGACGUGUGCCUUGAAAUUGUUACUAAGUGGACAGACUUUCAGAACUCCAUCUCCGCGGACUCUGCCCCUAAAGACGAGGUACAGGCUCUCACCAGUAUGAUAGAGAAGCAGGCGCAAAUUGUGGUGAAGACCAGAGAAGUUUCGGAAGAGGAGCAGCAGAGGAAGGCCGCUCUCCUGGCGCAGUAUGCCAAUGUUACAGAUGAAGAGGAUGAGGAUGAAGACGGUGAAAUUAAUGGAGCCUCCGCCAUCAACCCUGAGAAAUCGCUGUUUAAGAACACAAACCUUGAAGCCGUGCAGAAUGCUCGCAAGCUGGAGCGCGACGCCUUGCGGGAAGCCGGUCAGAAGAAAAAAGAGCAGGACAAGCAGCAGAGGGAGAAUCAGAAGGCUUCCAAGCAAGAGCGCAAAGACAAAGAGAAGAAGCGCACACAGAAGGGAGAGCGCAAAAGAUAAAUUUGCGGGUGCCACAGACUAAGGCGCGGGUGGAGUAAUGGCCACAGAGCUGAUGUAGGCGUGUAGCUGGGACAGGGUUAUGGGAUGUACCAUGUUUUAUGAUUAUUGGGGAAGGAAGUCAGCGCUGCUCUGCUGCCCCCUGGCUGCGGGAUUUACCAAACACCCAGAAUGCACCAGCAGUUGGUUUUCUGUCCUGGGGCCCCACUUCUGCUUUGCACACACAAUACAUGAGAGGAUGAGCUCAGUGGGAAGCACCAAACACUUGCUGCUUUAUACGCUCCACUGCCAGAAGUGCCUGAAAGCCCCUGAGGCCUGUGUCCGGCAGCUGAGGGGUUAAUGUACCACCCCCUCUAUCCCCCUGUUCCUUCCCCUCGGCACUGAAUGGAGAUUUAUUUAUACAUUUGUACAUUGGUGUCUCAAAUAAACACUGCCCGGCAAACCCAA